CAGCUUUCAGAGUGUUGGAUUGUUCUUGUCCUUCCUUGUUCACCUCCAGAAUUAAGCAGCAGCAGCGCGACAACACUUUGCAGGUCCACCAGCGUUCAGCCGAUCUUGGAUUAAUCUUUUUAAUUCAAAUUCAUUAGCCUAGAUGGAGGUGGAGGUAUCAGAUUCGACUGACUGGUUGGGAACGCCGCUCGCCAGCUUGAAGUCCGUCGAGGAGGCACUCCGCUGCCAUGUCUGCAAGGACUUCUUCACAACACCGAUGCUUACUUCCUGCAGCCAUACAUUCUGUUCGCUUUGUAUUAGGAGGUGUCUCACCGCCGACAGCAAAUGCCCGCUUUGCCGGAAGACUGUCGACCUCUCCAAACUGCGGGGCAACGGUGCCCUGCGAGAGGCAGUCGAAGCAUUUAGGGGAGUCCGAGAUAGCAUUCUCAAAUUCGCAAGAACGCCAACGCCGGCUCUACCGAGAUCUCCUAAGAGAAAAGCGACCGAGGUGGACGACUCCGACGACGAGUUUCAGGAAAGCAAACGGCCAAGGAGGUCUACGAGAAAUCGCAAGGCAAGGGAACCACAAGCAUCCAGUCAACUGACUAUUGAGGAUUCGGAGGGUGACCUGCAAGAUGACAAUGAUGGGGAAGAUGAAUAUGUGCCAGAGCCUAAUGACGGACUGGUCGCGUGCCCUAUAUGCGAACAGCGCAUGAAAGAAGUUCUUGUCGACAGACAUCUUGACACCUCGUGUCCAGGUGAACCUCAGCCUCAGCCAAAACGCACGCCAGCCGCCAGCCGCUCGAUCGCCUCUACCCUGCUAUCACCCUCCAAGAGACCACCAGCCGCGGCUGCCAAGGCCCCCGAGCGUCUUCCAACUCUUCAAUACUCUAUGGUGAAGGAUCAGGCUCUUCGGAAAAUCAUGCGAGAGCUGGGCCUGUCCACUGCUGGCAACCGAACGAUGCUCGAAGCAAGACACCGAGAGUGGCUCACACUUUGGAAUGCGAACUGCGAUUCUGCCAAUCCCAAGUCCCGCGGGGCUCUAUUUCAGGAUUUGCAGGUGUGGGAAAGGACUAUAGGCACCAUGGCACCCACCAGCUCCAAAGCAGCCAACACAGGCGCUCAAAUCAAGGACAAAGAUUUUGAUGUUGGCGCUUGGGCGGCAAAGCACGACUCUUCCUUUAAAGACUUGAUUGCGAACGCGAGGAGAAGUAGGCAAAUUGCUGAGCAAAAGGCCAGAGAGGCUGCUGCCGAAGAAGCUGCGAAACAAGAAGCAAGCUCAUCAGUCCCACAGCCUUCGGUACCAAAAACGUCGACACCAUCAACGGCGGAAUCAGCCCCUUUGCCACAAACACCAGUGUUACCGGUUCAACCGCCACCACACCCGUCAUACUCUCACCCGGAGCGUUGGCAACAUCAACCCCAACCAACGCACUAUCAACAGCCAUAAAUGGCUCGGCCACCCCCACGCUACCCUCAGCCCCCAUACCCGAGCGACACGAGGACUAUAGACACUGGCCUAACGGCUCAAGAGGUUACUGACCUACCCAGGCUCGACAAGUAGAAGGGACACAAAGCUGGCUUUGGCUGGGUGUUGUAGUACAUUCGUAGAGGAAUAUAAUCUGAUUUCGGUUGCUGGUUGAGCGAGGAAUGUUGUUUUAGCACAGAUGGGAGCAAAACUUUACGCGCGGCAUAAAGCGGUAGACCAAGGGGGUACCUGUGAUGUGGGAGGUGGGUUUGGCAAACCUUCUCCGCUUCAGCAUCAUAGAUUUUAGCCGCAUCCACUUUGUAUCUACCUUACCUAUGGAUACGUAGUAAUAAUCAUUUUUGGUAGCUGGGACGAGGCAACGAGCAUAGCUAAACCCCCC